AUGGACUACACUCUGGAGACCAGCCAGCAAAAGGAGAAGCUUCUGAAAACCAUCUACACCCUCCAGCUGAAGUCCAUUGCCACGCUCCAGACAGCCAGCCCACUGCUGAGCAGCCAGCGCGGCAUGGGCAUGGUGACACAGCACCAAGUCCACCAGCUGGCAGACAAGGCCAAAAGCCUGUGUGGAGACCUGGACAACAUUAAGAACCUUCUCCACUAUUGCCAGGAUGACCUGGUCCGGCGGAUCCCCAACCCCACCGGCAGCUGCUAUGGGGAAGUAAGUGGAAUCCAUUGCUCCUUGGAUGGCUCCAUCUACGUGACAGCUGAGAGCGCUCCCUGGGUCCACGUCCUCAGCAGCACAGGCCAACUGCUGCAGUCCCUGCCCUGCCGGCAAACGGGGAAGGAAAGUGACUCUUUCUUACCAGAAGAUGUGACUGUGACUCGUACGGGAAUGGUGGCUGUAGCUGACAUGAUGAAUGAAGCCAUCUGGGUCUUCAACCCUCACACCGGCCUCUCCAAGGGGGAAUGGAUAAAGAUCAGAAAGGUUGGUUCCCCCAGGGGUAUUGGAGUGGACUCUAUGGGCAAGAUCUUGGUAGCAGACUAUGCCCAAGGCCAAGUCCACAGCUUUGCUCUGGACCAUGCCUUCAAAACACUCAAUAUCCACUCAGUCCCCAACCUGCAGGGACCUCGCUACGUCAGCCCGGUGCCCAAGGGAGGCUUUGUGGUGUGCCGUUCCUCCAGGAUCGCUGCCAUGGUGCUGAAGGUCUUCUUUCCCUCGUGCUGUGCCUCAGCAGAAAGUGGCAUUUUGAUCGGCCGCUGGAUCUCAGAGCAGAACUCCGCUGUCAUCCUCGCCGUGGUCCACUUCCCUUUCAUUCCUGUCCAGGUGAAGCAGUAUCUCGGUGAGGUCCAGCGGGUGACUAAAGUCAGCGUUUCUGUGCUGGGCUCAUGGAGCAACAGCAAACAGGAGAAAGAAGAAAGUCUGAGUGAGUUCCUGGAAGACCUUGGGACGAUAUUCUCCCAUGAGCCUUGGAUUCAGAUAAGCAAAGAGGGAGACAGCAAAUUCUGGAGCUGUUCUACCCUUCAGAAACACUCUGCCAACCCUAAGGAGGAAGAAAUCAUCUUAAUAUACUAUGACCAGCGCAAAGUCAUGCUUUCCCAUCUCCAUCCCCCUUUGGACACAGAUUCCUCCACCGAGCACAGGGCAGAGGAUGCUUCAAAGCUGUCUGCCAUCUUCGACACAGUUGCCAAGAGUAAGAUACUGUUCAUGACGGACAGGUAUGACGAUGGGCCCAUCAAGCUGACCCAUUGGCAGUCGGAUGGCGUUGAGGCGAGCAUCAUCGUGGAGCUGAUGAAGCAGGCCUCCGUGCCUGCCUGCGUGCUGCUGACCUUCCUGCUGUCGCUCGUCUCUGGGGUCUGCAGGAGCAGGGUGCUGAAGUUUUGGCCUUUGUCGUUCUUAUGGAGCAAACUCUCCACGUGUGAGCAGCUGGGACACCGCCUGCAGCACCUCCAGGUCAUCAGCAGCAACAAGAAGGCUCAAAACCAGACCCAGCUCCAGAGGAAAGCCAACAUCUUUGUCUCUCUGCUGAUUGAUGUGGCUCUGGGGAUGCUGCUGGUGUCCUGGCUGUACCGAAAGAACCGAAUUGGUCACCUUGCUGACACCCUCAUCCCCGCGGCUGAUCACGUCGCUGAAGAGCUCCAGGACCUGCUCCAGUGGCUGAUGGGAGCACCAGCUGGACUGAAAAUGAACCGAGCUUUGGAUCAGGUUUUGGGCCGCUUCUUCCUUUACCACAUCCAUCUUUGGAUUAGCUACAUUCACCUGAUGUCCCCAUUCAUUGAGAUGAUCCUCUGGUACGUGGGGCUGUCGGCUUGUCUGGGCCUGACGGUGGCUCUCUGCAUCCUCUCCGACAUCAUUGCGCUUCUCACCUUCCACAUCUACUGCUUCUAUGUCUAUGGAGCCAGGCUCUACUGCCUCAAGAUUUACGGCCUGUCAUCUCUCUGGCGCUUGUUCCGUGGGAAGAAGUGGAACGUCCUCCGGCAGCGGGUGGAUUCCUGUUCCUAUGACUUGGACCAGUUAUUUAUUGGCACUUUGCUAUUUACGAUUCUGCUGUUUCUCCUGCCUACGACUGCGCUGUAUUAUUUGGUGUUUACCCUGCUCCGUUUGCUGGUGGUGAUUGUGCAAGGCCUGAUACACUUGCUGGUUGACCUGAUUGACUCCCUGCCUCUUUACUCAAUCCUCCUUCGGCUCUGCAGGUCCUACAGACUGGCCGCUGGUGUGAAGUUCAGAGUCCUCGAGCAGCAGGAUGGAAAACCUCUUCGACUCCUGAUGCAGAUCAACCCUCUCUCGUACGGUAGUGUGGUACAGACAUACAGGCUACCAACCUACAGCUGUUACCCAAAGGAUUCCUGGGCAUCUCUCUGCAAGAAGCUGUUCCUUGGAGAGCUCAUCUACCCCUGGAAACACAAAGAAGAGAAGCAGGACUAAAGACAGCAACAGAGCUUGAAAGACUGGGUCAGAAAAACGUAUUGAAUCCUAAUUCUUUUGGACCAAAGGCAUCUCAGAGCCAGCAACUGCUGGAUCCCUUUAAUUAGAUUUUGGUAACAUGGGAGGGGCUGAAUUUUUCAAAAGCAAGUUUUUUUAAAUGUUAUUUUUCAACUUUCCUCUUCCCUUGCGCUGUGUUUGUGUAAUAGGCUAAUGAUUAUUUUUGAAGCAAAAGGUUAAACCCAUCAGUGCCUCAUGGAGCCAGUCAUGGAGGAAGUACCUCUGCAAUGGUUUGGUGAUGUGUGUAUAUAUAUAUUUAUCCCUCCAUGUAAGCUCACAGGCCCUAUUAAAACACCCCUUUGGGUGGUUCAAAGCCGCGA